GCCGCUUGUGCCCCCUCAGGGUCGGCGGUACCGGGGGAUUCUCCAUGCUGAGAGUGACAGCUCUGAAGCGUUCCCCGUUCCACUAAUGCCUGGCAGAGUUCUGGCCCCCAGUCCCCUAUGAGUUCAUCAGUACUACGUUCUGCUUCGCCCCAGGCAUUUAGCCCUGAUCGCAAGAACAGCAUCAUUAGGAGGCAGAGACAGGAGCUCAAGCUUUUAAUUGCAGAACUCAAAGAUCGUGACAGGGAGCUCAAUGACAUGGUGGCAGUGCAUGAGAGACACAUUCAGGCCUGGGAAGAUGAUCGCCAAAAAAUACUGAGUUUAGCAGAACGAUGCAGCUUGUUAACUAGUGAGCUGAACGAGAGAAAUGCAAUUAUAAAGUCACUGACCAAAAGGUUAAAGUUAUUAGAAUCCCAGCAUAAUGACAGUAAGAUAACACUUGAAAGCACACAACAGAAGUUUAAAGAGCUCACUCAAAAAGUGACAGAUUCAUCUGUUCACUGCCAGGCUCUGGAGGAGAAAAAUCAGAGUCUGCACUGCUCAGUUUUGGAGCUGUCUGCUAAAACAGGUCAGCUGCAAGCGAGGGAGCAGGAGCUUCUCAACAUGCUUCAGCUGAAGGACAAGGCCUUAAUUGAAACAACUGAUCAGAUUACUGAGGUUGCAUCUAAAUUUAAAACACUGGAGAAUGCACUGCGUGCAGCAAAGUUGGAGGAAUUCAGUCGCAACAGAGAACAGCAGGACCUCAAGCUGACACUGAAUGAUGUGGUGUUUCAAGUAAAUAAGAUGAAAGAUGUCCUCUCUGAAAAGAUGAAAGAAAGCAGCAAGCACCAGGAAGAAAUCAGUCACCUGAAACAUGAGAAUGGCUGCUUGAGGAGUGAGCUGAUCCUGGCAGUGGAGGAAGCACAGAGAAAGGAUCAACUUUAUCAGUUUACCAAGUCUAAACAAGUGCGGAUUGAAAAGGAAUUGUGCAGUUUGCGACAGGUCUGUGUGAAACAGCAGCAGGACUUACACUUCCUUCAUGUCAACUUGGACAGCUCUCAGGAGUUCAUGCAAAAGCAUGAAAAGGCAGCAAGUGAGAGGAGCGCAGGGGCCGCAGUCUCUGCCUCUGAGAGCCCCAGCGACACAGACAAGGGUAGGACUGAGGGCAGCCACAGGAUGUGCGAGGAGCGUGGAACUGCACCAGUUCCAGCGAGUAGGGUAAAUCCCACCCCUGAGAUGUGUGAAGUAGAUAAUAGACAGUUACUGAAUGCUUCAGAUUUGGAGGAAACUACCUCAGCAUUCUUAAACCGGUGUCAAAAAGCUGAGAAAGGCUUGGCCGUCCCUGCGGAAGAGGGAGAAAAGCAGGAUGUUGCAUCAAGCUUUGAUGAGCUACACAGUGAAAAAUGUCGUGAGGCAAACAACACAAGGCCAUUGAGAAACAGGGAAAUUGGAGAGAAUGGAGUGAAAAGCAGAGACAGAAAAUCCUUUGACGUGUCUUUGCCUUCAUAUGAUCAUUGGCUUAACAUCAAAUCUCGUGUAGAUUUGCAAAGCACUUUGAUCCAGAACAACAUCACAUCUGACAAAACUGGUAAUGAAGAGAGAUCUGACAUUGAGUGUGGCCAAAAAAGCAGAGAGUCUCCUGUGACUUACAAGUCUGAAUCUGAUUCCAGUGUUAAUAACUUCGUCAUGAAUAAAGAACGGUGGAAGCCUCUAUCAGAUCUGGAAUGGCUGGAGAUUUUCAAACCCCAAAAGAGAGAUGGAAAUACGUGCCAUGGAAAAGAUCACAGCUGUUUCAAGACUGCACAAGAGAUGAAAUGUACCUGCUCAAAAAGUGAAGAAAACGUGAAUCUGAAUUCCCUCCACUUGGCUUCCCUCUCAACAUCCACUCAGAAGAACAACAUGACUCAAAAUUCUGGUGAAGAUUCCCCUCUGGACAUCAGUGACCUAGCAGUGACUAACCCAACAAACAGAUACUUCAUGAACACAGACACCAGUUCCCUGUUCUGGAAGCUGGAGCGCUCGCUGGCCCAGUCCCGACAGAUGCUGGCUGAUCUGGAGCUCAGCCUCCUCCACACCAGCCCUUCCUCCAUUCCCAACACCCACAACAAGAAUAAGAGGAAGAAGCUCUUUCCAUCACAGAGGUAAUUCUGAAGAUCAUCGGCCCAGCAGCUCCAGUGGAAAGUUUCCUCAUUUUUUUCUGUGGUCCUCUUGAACGUUUGAAAGACUCACAAGUGGCAAGAAGAUGUGACUCUGCAGGAAUGUAUUUUAUCUUGAAAUAAAACACAGAAUUACGCCAAGAUUAACAAAGCUAUUUUUAUAGCUGAGAGCUCAGGUUAAACACUAGCUUGUUUUUUAAGGAUCUGAAGUGUGCAAUUGUUACAACAUAGGAACUGUUUUUCUUUUUAUUUUUUUUAUGGCGGCUCAGAAAUAUUUAUAGAGUAUGACACAGCCGAGCAUUCUCCUUUUUUUUUUUUAGCAUAUUGUUUUUGUUCUGGAUUUCUUGCCUUGUAGAGAGAGAUGAAUAAUGUUUAUAGGAAGUUCCCAAUUAGUGUUCUGGGCAGGAACUGCCUCCGAUGUUGCUGAAAUGGGAGAGCUGUCACCCACGAGAUGGGCACAGCAACUUUCCACACUCAGGAGCUGGUUCAUCCAACACCUGGGAUCAGGUGUGUUUGCACUGUAGAGGUAGCCAAGUAUGAUGUGACCUUUUCUUAGCAUUUAAACUGGAUUUAUCUUUGCUGAUUGGGCAAGAUGUCCUGUUGCCACAAUUUGAAUUUAUUUUUUAACUAAGAGAUCAAAUAAGCUAAUAAAGGUGAUACUGUGCUGUGUCUCUUGCCCAUUUAACACAUUUAGCACUUGAUUUGUGACACUUCUCAGCACAGACAGGAGUGGGCUGUUGGUUGGGAGCACUUUGGGAUGCCAGUGCCCCUCCCUCAGCCCAGUGCCAGCAUUUUUCCU